AUGCCGCCGAUACGCAGCGAUAAUAACAGUAACAGCGAUAAUACUGGCUAUGAUAAUUCCCCACAUCCGCCUGUUGAACAGCCGGAGACGCCGUCGACAUCUGUCACUCCGCCGUCGCUAAGCUACUACCUGCAGCAGCUCGAGUCCUUUGCCAGCCCGGUACCAGACCUGGCCGCCACCCUCAUGAGCAACCCGGAAGAUGAGAUACACAACGAGAACGUCCACUUUCUUCGGAGCAGAAGACGGUCGUCGACAGAGCUCUCGCCCUCGCGUGCUCGUACUCGCAGACGCCAACUCGGUGGAGGCGUCGGAGGAGGAGGAGGCGUAGGGGUGGGUGUUGGUGGAGGAAUGGCCGAUUCGCCUCAGGAUUCUGUCGACCUGGGAGGUGACCAGUACAUGCCCAGGUCCCAUCAACAGUAUAUAUCCGGGCACGGACAGAGGAUACCAAUCAUUCGCCGACGGGGUGCCAUGAAUAUCAGCCACGGUCCGGCAUACGAGGGCCCUCCCCAGCAGUCGAACAGGAUAUACAGCUGGGCGCCGACGCAGGACGAAGAAGGCGGCCUCUAUAUCCGCACCGACCCAUUAAACCCUCGAGAUGAGAUAUGGUUCGGCCGGUCAGGGUCUUCCUCCAGGGACGAAGACGGCGCAGCCUGGAGUUAUCUGCCGAGGGAGCUCAGAGGGACAGCGCAGGCGGCAUCGGAGCCAUCGCCCGAAGAGCAGCAGGAUGGCGGACGUCCGGUGGGAGCGCCAAACAUGCCUCUGGCACGAGACAACCCGGCCUUAGUCACCGCAGCCAUCUUGCAGUCCGUCAGAAGAAACCACAGAUACUCAUCGAGAACGCGCACACCACAGAACCAGAUGCAGGACGGCGAAAGAGCCAACCGACCAGAUGAUGGCCGAGACAGGACUGUCAUCGGUAACGGCAACAGCAACAGCAGCAACAGCGAUUUUGCCACCCCUUUCUCCUUUUCACCCCGUGCAAGACGCUCAAGUCCUCGGUUACCGCCUCCUGCUCGCAUCGACUCAUCGAGAAAUUCGGAUAUUCGCCGCAUGUACCUUAAAGACCCAUCCAUUGAUCGCUUAAGGGAAGCUAUCCAGUAUCUAGACCGAGUCCGUUUCUCAAACUCUUACGAAGAAAGCCUGUCCACCGCUGCAGCGGGAGGCUUCGUUCAGUUUGAGUAUUUCCUUCGUAAUGAAGAUGACUUCAUCCUCGAUACUGGCUCAAUCGCAGGUCCAGGUUAUUGCUCCUGGUUGAGCCCUGGUACCGUUUUCUCCGGCCAACAGCAAGCCACUGCAUCGACUGCAAUGCUACCUCACAGGCUCUUGGGAACCACUCGUCCCUCAACGGACUCUAACGCAGGCUCCGGUAUUGACAACCGGAUAAGUGUCUAUACCAGCAGUGGCCGAAGUUACUGGGCAAGCAAUGUCAUGGGCAACAGCUACAACAACAACAACAAUGUUAGCCACAACAACAGUAAUAGUAACAAUCAAGAUCCAGAUACUGCAAAGACGGAGAGCUGGCCUGUCAAAGUGACCAUCCAUAACGUUGAUUACGAAACCAUGACACUAUCCGGUACCAUGGAGGCAUACAACAUCCCCGACAAGUCGGCCAACAACCAAGGAGCGCACAUAAUUACUUAUCUGGAAGGUGAAAUUAUUGAUUUCAAUACGCAUACUCUGGAAACUAAAAAUUUCAAUGCCGGCCCGGAAGUUGAUAGCUGCUACUGGAGGGAGUUGGAACCGUUCAAAAAUCUGACAUAUGAUGAGAUCGUCAAGAAUCUCGUCAGCAAGAAAUGGGUCUCAGAAAAGUUGUCCAAAGGAUGGAUACUGAUGAGAUGGAAAGAACGAUGCUUUGUUUCUCCGUCUCACUCUCGCCAGGGACUGACUAUAUCUGGUUUCUAUUACAUCUCUGUCCACCGUGAAACCGGCCGCAUCGAAGGGAUGUAUUACGAUCCCGGAAGUUCUCCCUACCAGCAACUCUCUCUUGAUCCGAUAUUGAAAGAUAAGAUGAUUUUCCCUGCCUAUAAAUUUAGAUAA